CAGUCUCUUUCUUAACUGCCACGGAUGUAAUUUUCAACAUGGCGGCGAAUGUGUAACUGAACCGCGUAACUGUACAACCCUUUCUCUAAAGGAAACAGAUUCCUCAAAAAGGAUAUUCGUCUUCUGAAAAGCAAGUUAAGGAUAUUCUGCUAAACGAUGGGAAAGAAAGGGAGAAGAAAAGCCCAGCAGAGUCCAUCUGAAGCACGUGAGCAUGUCACAGAUAAGGAGGUGCAAACUCUUUGUCAAAAAAUAUUUGAGAUUAUAUCUCUAGAAACCCCCGUAUUACCAGUCAAGCAAUGGGAAGAACAUCUAAAGCUUCGUGAAAUGGUGGAAAAGAUAAGAGAAAGACAAGUGGACCAAACUUUAUUUGAAAAAUUAGAUCACUCCCGGAAAGAUCACAUUGCAAGUUUCACCCAGUGGUUUAAUGAGAAUGGUGGCAAAGCAGAACAUGUGCUAAUUGACGACUUUGGUCAACAAGGACUUGGUCUGAAAGCUGCCAAUGAUAUGAAGGCAGGAGAGCUUUUCAUCACCAUACCAAGAAAAUUGACAAUAUCGGCAGAGACUGCAAGAAACUCGGAACUAGGACCCCUGAUUGAGAAGGAUAAUAUCCUGAGAGUGAUGCAAAAUGCCUGUCUGGUCCUUCACGUGUACUGUGAAAAACUCAAGAAGAACUCUUUUUGGAAACCAUAUCUUGAUGUUCUUCCAACUUCAUAUUCAACGACUUUGUACUUCACUGUUGAGGAGAUGCAGGCAUUGAAAGGAUCUCCAGCAUUUGGUGAGGCUCUCAAGCUUUACAGAAAUAUUGCACGCCAAUAUGCUUAUCUUUACCAGCGACUUCAGCAGGUUUGUCCAGAGACAGCCAAGCUCCCACUGAGGAGGAAUUUUACUUUUGAUGACCACAGAUGGGCAGUAUCAACUGUUAUCACUCGUCAAAACAAGAUCCCAAGUACCACAGGUGAACCAACUCUGGCGCUUAUUCCGAUGUGGGACAUGUGUAACCACUGUCAUGGCACGAUAACGACUGGCUACGAUAUGGCUGAAGACAGCUGCAAGAGCCUAGCCGUGAAGGACUUCAAGGCCGGUGAACAAGUGUGUAUAUUUUACGGAGAACGUUCUAACGCGGACCUCUUGGUUCAUAAUGGGUUUGUGUUUGAGGACAACAUACAUGAUAAAGUUGGCAUUCAGCUCGGUGUCAGUAAGAGUGACCCACUGUUUCAGAAGAAGGAAAAACUACUGAGCUUUAUGAGAAUGACGGCGUCUAGUCACUGGUAUUCAAUUCCAUGCGGUGAUGAUCCGAUUGGCCCUGAGUUAGUGACCUUCCUAAGAGUGUUUUCGAUGGGUGAAGAUGAGUUGAACGAGUGGCUUGAAAAAGCUAGUGAAAACAGCAUUGAAUUGAAGACACUUUCGGCGGUGUAUUCCUUUGUCAGGCAGGAGACUGAAAUCAAAAGUUGGCAGUUCAUAGAAACCCGGCUUUCCUUGCUUCUUGGACAGUACAAAAUAUCUGAUGCGGAAGAACGUGAGUCACUGGAGAGUGCAGAGAUUUCAAACCACAAAAAGCUGUGCAUUAAGUUGAAAAGAGCGGAAAAAAGGGUGCUGGAGAAAGCCUUGAAAUUCGUGUCUACUACCAGGAACAAAACUGCGGAGACUCGGUUGGAAACAGGCAGACAUUGUGACAAUGAACUUGAUGAAAGGCAAGCAAACACGACCUCAAGCGAUGUGAUGGAUGAUACAACUUCUGCUGCGGAGCAACUUUGUAUUAAUGGAGAAUAGAAUAGUGUGGUACCGAACGAGUUUUGGUCUGAAGUAGUCUGUUAUAAAACGGUGUACAGGCGAGGGAGUGAAUCACUAUGAGGAUUUUCUUCAGAUUUUAAUUCUCUCUCUACGAGGUAGCGGCUCCCUUGUGUUGCAUGGGGUGUUACAGUAGAUCUGGAUUUCAAAGCUGCUUCUGUAUUGGUUUUUUUAUUGUCCCUUUUAAUUACUUGCCAAUUCACCGUUCUACUCAGGCGCCAGUUGGCCCACUCAACUGGUGCUUAUGUUGAUCGACAUUGUAAUGAGCGUCUAUGAGUAUUGUUACUCUCUCUGGAUGGAGUGAUGUAAAAGCAAGGCCAGAACUAUGUGAGAACAAAUUACCCAUCUCUUAAUUCAGGUAACAGUAGAUGACUUCUCUCCACGCCCCUACGUAAACUAGGAGUGUGAUCGCUUUCGAGCAAAAUUCACUUAGCGGGAAACAUUGCAAAAUAUGGCACAUUUUCGUUUAAGCAGUACAGAAUGUUCUCCCCGCUAACUUUUGACAUCACGCAUUUAUAAUUACCUGGCCGCUGAUUCGAUGGUUCCCAGAACCUUGGUCAAUCCUCUGUUGCGCUAUGAAGUGAUUGUUAAGGAACUAAGCUGGAAUACAUGCACGAGUCUAUGUGCGAACAUGAACAAUCUUGUUAACUUGUUACUUUCAAAGGUUCUUCAUCUACAAGCUCCUUUGCAAGGAAUCAUGAUGAAACGUACGAGAUAAGUUCAUUGGCAUCGAAUUUGAAGACUAUCAAUCGGUCUAACUGAGCCCUCGGUUGGAGGAGUGGAUGUGUGCAGCGGUCAGGAUCAAGGGCUGCUCGGGAUAAGACACUGUACUUACACACACAGUCACUGUAGCUCAAUCCACCCAGGAGGAUAAACUGACAACAUACUGAGGGGAGGGGUGGGCGUGAUAAUAACCCACAGUGAAUUAAUAUCCCAGCCGGGGAGGAAAAGCAACAUUCCCAGCCGCGCCAUUUUGGAAAAAACAGGAUAACGUCUUUCUUACGUUCUUAUGCGAUUUUAAAUGCAGUCUGUCAUUUAUCGAUACUACAGCAAACUAUUAAAACCGAGUACGUAAUCAAUUAAGUACGCAAAGUUUGACUGUAUUUGUGAAAUAGGUCUCGUAGCCAUCAAUGAAGUCGCUGUAAUUGAGUGCGCGAUUUUGUGUGGGGAUAACAUAUUAAAGAUCAACACAUUUUUUUU